AUGUAUUAUUAUGGUUUUCAGUUGUCGGAGUUGGAAAAACGUGUGCUGGAAGCGGAAACGAGAGCUGUGGAAGCGGAAGGAAAAGUGCGUGUUAUGGAGGAACGGCUUCAAGCCGAAUGGACUACUCAUCAACCCGAUCAGGCGGAAAAGGAACAAGCUAUUAGCAAGCUGGCGACCCAGGUUGAGGAACAGCGUCAGCUGAGGCUCCAGGAUGCCAAAAUGGUUGAAGCCAAAGCGGCACGCAUCAAGGAAUGGGUGACCAACAAACUGAGAGACCUGGAGGCUCAGAACCAACACCUUAGAGAGCAGAAUCACAAGUGCAACCAGCAGUUGGAGUUGCUCAGACGACACAUGGCCCAACUGAGCGCCGACAAAAUGGCCGUUAGUGCUUGUGCCGGGACGUCUUCGCCGCGCACCAGUACAUCGUCCUUGCACAGGGCCAACAGCACUGGCUCUACACACGCCCUGUCCGACAACGAACCAGUUUACGCCCAGGUGGACCGGCACCACAAGAAUCGGACGCCCGAACGGUCGCAGCGAACUCACCGCCGGCACAUGUCCGCUUGCGUCCAAGUGCCGACCACCGAGUCCACCGACGGCCCGGACAUGCCUGUCCACGAACAGUUGGUCAACGAUCUGACCACCGCCGCCGAUUCGCUCAACCUCAACUCCGCGAUUAGACCGAAAUCCGUGUGCAUCGAGUCGGACAUCGCUCACGACUACGCGGAGAUUUACACGCCUAGCCGGGAAAAACUGCCGUGGGACAAGGCGUGCAACAAGCCCCCGACGCCGCCUUUGCACAGGUUCCCGUCCUGGGAAUCUCGGAUCUACCAAGUCGCCAACGAAGGCCUUUCGGCGGCGCCCACGGAGCCGACCUCGACCGCGGUCGCCACUUCUUCCUCCACCACCGCCGCCGUUGUGCAUCCGACCAGAGUUGUGACGUCGCAAGGGUAUUGCGAUAUAAGCGUUCCGGUGUACGCCACUGUGAAAGGCAGAGCCAGUCAAAUCAGGUCCAGCCCGUUCACCGGCGACUCGUCGGACGACUCAAGUGACGGCGAAGGGGAGCACACUAACACUGCAAACACGCACAGCGUGGCAACCAGGAUCACGAACAGCAGUAGCACCGACAACACGGACACCUCGCUGUCCAGUUCCAGUCCCAGCAAGAGUCACAAGACCGCGUCGACGUUCUCGCCGGUCAAACACAACUCUUCCGGGUCGCCGUCGAAAAAUACUUCGAUGGAGUCGGGAAUAUCGGACGACUACGCGAUCCCGCCAGACGCGAUGUCGUGCGGUGAAGAUUCCACGGAGUGGUCGUCGUUGGUGCUCAGGUUGAACUUGAACGGUGCUGCGGUUGUCGCCGACAGCCCGAGCAGGUGCGCCAAAACGGGCAUACUCGACAAAUCCGGACAUUUAGCCAAGCUCGGUGGCAAGUUGAAGACGUGGAGACGACGAUUCUUCGUGCUGAGCAACGGCAAACUUCGUUAUUGGAAAACACAAAAUGAUGUAGCACGAAAACCACAACGUGAAAUCACAAUCGAUGAUCUAUGUCGAAUAACCCGAGCUGAUGGUGCUGCUACGUUCGAAAUAUCGACAACCAAAAAGACUUUUUACCUAACAGCAGAUUCAAUUGCAGCCAUGGAAGAUUGGGUUAAAGUUUUACAAAACGUUCAAAGACACAAUGCUACCAAGUUGCUACUGAAUAAUGAAAACAAUAAACCGACUAUUCAAGGUUGGUUAACCAAAGUGAGAAAUGGACAUGCCAAACGGUGCUGGUGUGUACUCGUAGGAAAGACAUUUUUAUAUUUCAAAUCGUCAACAGAUACGAGUGCAUUUGGACAAAUAAACAUGCGUGAUUGCCGCGUAGAAACCGUUGACCAUGUUUCAGACUCUGAUAGCGAAGAACGAGAUUCCAAUCAGCCUCCGACAAUAGCUCUGCACCCAUCACAUCAAGGUCCUCCAACUUAUUUACUGAUGUCUUCUAAACAAGAAAAGGAUUCUUGGUUAUACCACCUUACUGUAGUUUCGGGUAGUGGAUCACAAUCUGGAUCACAAUUUGAACAGCUCAUUCAAAAACUAAUGGAAGCAUCUGGAGAUCCAAAUUGUGUGUUGUGGAAACAUCCAACUCUAUUGCACUCCAAAGAAGCGAUUAGUACGCCAUUGACUACUCUUUCUAUAGAAUCGUUACAAUACGAAGCUAUUAAAUUAUUCAAGAGUUGUCAGUUAUUCAUGUCAGUGGCCAUCGAAAACGCUGGUAUUGAUUAUCAUGUGGUAUUAGCACAAAAUGCAUUACAGUUGUGCUUGGAUAACUGGGAACUGCAGGCUGAGUUAUUAUGUGCCUUAGUCAAACAGACGUCUAGGCACGCAUCCCAUAAACACGGAGUCCAGGUAUUCUCCAAACUGCGGCAUCGUUCGCUGUUCACGUGUGAUGCUGCCCUGGCAUCGUCGCCCACCAUCAGCACGACCCAGUCAGUGGUUCCUGGAUCACCAAACCACAGCAUGACUGCACCUUCAAGCCCAGCCACAUCAUCAUUACUAGACCACUGCAAAGCCAAUCCACCAACUUAUGUGUUUGUUCAGGGCUGGCAAUUGUUGGCACUGGCUGUGUCUCUAUAUGUACCAAAAAACACCAAACUCCUUUGGUUCCUCAAACUGCACUUAAAACGCAAUAUUGAUAACAAGACUGAAUGUGGAAAGUAUGCUGCAUACUGUGAACGCGCACUUGAACGAACAAUAUUGAAUGGCACACGAGAAGUGAAACCGUCCAGAAUGGAAGUACUGUCAAUUUUAUUGAAAAACCCUUAUCACCAUUCGUUGCCACACUCCAUACCUGUUCAUAUGCUUAACGGGGCUUACCAGGUGGUUGGUUUUGAUGGAUCAACAACUAUUGAAGAGUUUUUGUGCACGCUUAAUCAAGAAACUGGAUGCCGAGAUAGUCAACAUUCAGGUUUCACAUUGUUUAGUGAUGAUCCCAUCGAAAAAGAUCUCGAACACUAUAUCGAAUCCCAAGCCAAGUUGUGUGAUGUUAUAUCAAAAUGGGAAACCGCAUUGCGAGAAAAGGGUUCUGGAAAAUUUGAAAACACUAGAAUUAUACGACUGAUUUUUAAGAACAGGCUGUACUUCAAAUCUUUUGUAAAGAAGGAAUCUGAUCGAGAGAGGUUGUUGCUAUGCUAUCAAGUAAAUCAACAAGUGGUCCAAGGCCGAUUCCCUCUUACCAAAGAACUUGCAUUAGAGUUAGCUGCUUUAAUGGCACAGAUCGAUUUUGGUGAGUUCUAUUGCGAUAAAAAUCGUGGUAGUGGCGGUACUACUAAAGAAUUACAAGUACUUCAAGCGCUUGAUAAAUUUUAUCCAUUUCGAUACCGUGAUGGGGCUUCCCAAGAAGCAAUAAAACACCUCCAAACUGGUCUUCAAGAGAAAUGGAUGUCUCUAAAAGGAAGGAAUUUAGUUGAUUGCGUUAGGAUAUACUUGACUUGUACCAGAAAGUGGCCAUAUUUUGGAUGCACACUUUUCCAAGCCAAAAUGAAGCAUGGAGAAAAUACUGUGCUGCCAGGCACUGUUGUAUGGUUGGCUGUUUCUGAAGACAGCAUCAGUCUGUUGGAAUUGCGUUCAAUGCAACUUAUUGAAACAUAUAUGUUCGGGCAAGUUCUGACAUUCGGUGGUUGUCAGGACGAUUUUAUGUUGGUUAUAGCAUCUGAUUCUGCUAUCAUAGAAUCCCAUAAACUUUUGUUUUCUCUAAGCAAACCAAAGAUCCUCGAAAUAACAUUGUUGAUUGCCGACUACAUGAAUGCAUUAGCUCAGAACAGCGCAUCACUUAGCGGUACACUGAGCCGUAAUAUGCAGCCUGACAUAUUAAAAGCUACUCCAGACCAUCAAUUGCAUAGAAAUGAUUCACAAAUUAAGAAGCGUAUUGACUCAUGA